UCUUCCCGGGGCCGUCCCACAGUCCGAAUUGAAGUUAUCAGACAGCCAGGCACAGGCCACUCACCUCCCUCCUUUCUCCUCUUCUUCUCCUUCUUACUUAUUUUCUGCAUCUUAUCGCAAUCCCGUCAUCAUUCCUGUAUGGUGGAUAUUAUUUUUAACUCUUCUUUCUUGGGUGAUAUGGGGGAUCAUUCCAAAAAGAAGUCCGGAUUCGCGAUGUGUGUAGGCUGUGGAAGUCAGAUACAUGACCAGUACAUACUGAGAGUUUCCCCGGACCUGGAGUGGCAUGCAGCCUGCCUGAAGUGUGCAGAGUGCAGCCAGUACCUGGAUGAGACAUGCACUUGCUUCGUACGGGACGGAAAAACAUAUUGCAAAAGAGAUUAUGUAAGGUUAUUUGGAAUAAAAUGUGCAAAAUGUAACCUGGGAUUCAGCAGCAGUGAUUUGGUGAUGCGAGCCCGGGACAACGUGUACCACAUCGAGUGUUUCAGAUGUUCCGUGUGUAGCAGGCAGCUCUUGCCGGGGGAUGAGUUCUCUCUCCGGGACGAGGAGCUGCUGUGUCGGGCGGACCACAGUUUACUAAUGGAGCGGAGCUCCGCCGGAAGCCCAAUCAGCCCCGGACAUAUCCACUCCAACAGAUCACUACACUUAGCAGCAGAGCCGGUGACAGUACGGGCACCACACCGAAACCACGUCCACAAGCAGUCAGAGAAGACAACACGAGUGCGAACCGUUUUGAACGAGAAGCAGCUCCACACGUUACGGACCUGCUACAACGCCAAUCCGCGGCCAGAUGCGCUAAUGAAGGAACAACUGGUGGAAAUGACCGGCCUCAGCCCAAGGGUUAUUCGAGUUUGGUUCCAGAAUAAAAGAUGCAAAGACAAAAAGAGAUCUAUUCUCAUGAAGCAACUUCAGCAGCAGCAACACAGUGAUAAGACUGUAAGCAUCUUCAGUCUACAGGGGCUCACAGGUACGCCUCUGGUUGCCAGAAGCCCUAUCAGGCACGACAACACGGGGCAGGGUAACUCGGUGGAGGUGCAGACCUACCAGCCGCCCUGGAAAGCCCUCAGCGAGUUCGCCCUGCAGAGUGAUCUGGACCAGCCGGCCUUUCAACAACUGGUAUCUUUCUCGGAAUCGGGUUCAUUGGGAAACUCCUCCGGCAGCGACGUGACUUCUCUGUCAUCGCACUUACCCGACACCCCGAACAGCAUGGUACCCAGUCCCGUGGAGACGUGAGACCAGGCCACCAGCCUCGGUCCCAGGCCUAGCAUGUUCCCGCCCCGGUCCCCGGUCCCCUGCAUGUGACCAGCUCAUCACAGCGUCCUAAAGACAGAGGAGUCGUUUCGGACAUGGAGAGGAAAGUGACAUAUUCUCAAUUUUGAACAAUUACCUAACGGCACUAUAAAGCAACGCGUACGAAAGCCCUUCUUCUUAAGACUCAGUUCAGCAUUUUUGAGGAUAUCAGUGACAAAACAAAAACCGAACUUCGUUGCAUGAACCGAAAGAAGACAGAAGAUUCUCGUGAUGGAUUUACAAAACAGCCUCCCUCCAUAUUACAUUGGAGCCAUUUGAUGUCGAACCAGGUGGACAUUCUGCAAUUCAUUGUGAAUAUAUCGUGUCUUGGUUUCUUUAUGUGAUUUUUGAUACAUUUAUUUCGUUAUCAAGUCCAUAGAUUCGUGUGUUUGUCUUAAAAAGGAGCAUGAUUUCCGAAGAUUAUAUAAAACAGAUUCUUGUUGUUAAAUAUUUGAUCUUAAUAGUAAGAGGGCAGGUUGUUUGAGCCUCUCUAACAAAAGUAAGUUAUUAUUAUUUAUUGUCAGGACAACGAUUCAUAAAGGAAUUAAUAACUGAUCAAAAAUAAACGGUUAAAUCUUUAUAAUGUCUAAGGUACAGUCUUUGCAUAAACUCUUGUAGAAUUUCCCAAGAUAGGCUUACACCCCGUUCCCUCACUCAGCCUGUGACAUGCAGUUAAUCAAGUUGACCAGUGGUUAUUUGAGCUCAAAACCUUCAACCAAAGGUAUUCCCAAAACGAGUAUGCUUCACGCAAACCUUAUAGGCCCCCAGUUCCCCGAGCUUCUAAACCACAGAGGUGUAGGCCUAUAUACAACAAGUCAAACACCAAUAUAUUGCUGAAUUUAUCAAAAAUAAUAAUUGUGCUAACAAGGUGAAUAAGUUUACAAUCGGUUUUAGUUCCCUAUUUAUCCCUGCAUUAGGCUUUAAUUAAACCACUGCAAAAAGUAGGCCUAUUCAAAUUGCGAUACAAAAGGAUGGAUUAAAACGUCAAUGAUCGAAUACUGAGGGUCCAUUGAUGAAAGCAUUUACAUAUAAAUGUUGAAUGUUAUGACUAUUAUCAGGAUAAUCUGAUAGGCCUAUUGAUUUGGGGAAAAUAUUUAUGAUCAUGUGAUUAUGUUAUUUUUAUAUGCAAGCUAUUUAAUCAUUUUAACUUUAAAAAACAUUGGAGCUUAAAACUUGCAUGUGGAAUGAACAAUAAUACUUUUUUAAAAGUAAAUAAGACAACCUCAAUUUGAGGGUUAGCGCAGCCUACCUAAUGCUUAACAACAGUUUUUCUGAGGCUGGGAGAUUGGAAUCAAGGUGGAUUGGCUUCUGGUCAUUUACUUUCUAGGGGCGAAUUUUUGUUGUGAUCAAUCCAGUUUCACUGGUUAAGUCACAAGUCUAGACAGCCAACAAGGAUCAGCGGCUUCUUAUCUGCGCCUGGCAUCACCUGCAAACGAUACAUUGAAUGAAGCCACAACAAACCCACUUCUCUCUUUGGAAAGAGCUAGUUUAGUGGAGAGACCAGCUCGUAAACCCACCCUAAUCUGUCCGCAGUUUAUUUUCAUUCCACUCAGUCAAUUGCGUUAUUACGCACGGGUCAGACGUCUCAGUAAUGACAUCUCAGACCAAGUACCUUUGUGUGUUUUUAACCGGGCAACGCAAAGACUAGGCUACCUGGACACAAUUAGUUAGCACUCAUCAAAUAAUUUGAGAUAAUAGGAACAAUGAACAAAAAAAAAUACAGUAGACUAAGACGAAAUGUAUAGCCUAUUAAUAAUUAGCCCAUUUGUAGUUGGCUAUAAAUUCCGUUUAAAAGUGGGUCUAACUUAUUAUUUUAAUGUCUGACCAUAAUUUCACAGGAUCAAAAUAGACUCAUGAAUGGAACUCUUUAUCUUGUAGAUUUAAUUUAAUUUGUAUUAAACAUCAUUAUCCUAAUUCAACUCAACUAUUGGCUAGGCAUACGAUUUAUUGAUUGAUCGAUUUCAUUAUAGUGUCAUGCAUCUUCAUGAUUCCCAGCCCACAUGGGCUUAUACACUGUAAUAAAAUGAUCAUACUUGUAUAUGGACACACCUACCUACCUACCUACCUACCUACCUACCUACCUACCUACCUACCUACCUACAUCUCUACCUACCUACCUACCUACCUACCUACCUACCUACCUACCUACCUACCUUUCUACCUACCUACCUACAUACAUACAUACAUACAUACAUACAUACAUACAUACAUACAUACAUACAUACAUACAUACAUACAUACAUACAUGCAUUCAUAAACAUUUGCAUUCCCAAUGAAAUUAAAACAACUGAAAACACAAAACAAAAACCUAUAUCUAAAUCGGAAGUUCGAAUGACAAUGGGUAGAUAAUAGAUGUGUAAUUGAGCUGUUUUAGAGACGUUGCAGGAAACAAUGCUGCCUGUUAGAGAUAACCGGAGAUAACUAGAAGUUACUGACAGAGGAAUAACAAUAUUGGUGCAACUAGCCUGGAGAGGAACGUUUCAAGAGACAAAUGUCCUAGAUACACAUUUAUUAUAAUGUAGAUUCAUAACAUUUACAAAGUUGUAUUCUUCACUUUAAGGUAAAACACAUUUCAACCCUAUAUACUCAAAAUGCCUGGAAUAUUUCAUUUCGAUUGUGAAUUAAGAGUAGAAAAACUAGUGUGGGAAAAGGAUAGGCCUAUGGUAAUUUUGUUGGAAUUGGUAUUUCAAACACAAUCGGAAAAUCUAAGCGAGAUCAUGGGUCAAAUUAACAUGUGAACUUUAUCAAACCUUAGUCAAUCUGACCUAUUUCAUUGCGGGAAUAUCAGAGUAGGCCGUAGCAAAAAUAGUGCAUGAUAUCCUGUCGAAUUGGUUGAAUUUCAGAUGGAUUUUAACCUAUACUUCUCAUAUCUAUUGAUAUCUUACCACAUAAAAAUAUUAAAAUACUUAAUAAUAUGAAAUCAUUUUUUAUUAGACUUUUAAUAAAAUACCACACGACAGCCAUCACAUAAUCCUAUAACAUCAACCUGAAUUCGCUUUAAUUGAUGCUUUUCACAGGGCAGCCUGGAGAAGACCAUUGCAUAUUUACAUUUAUUUUAUUACGUUUCCAUUUGAGCUUGCUGAUAACCGGGCCAGUUAAGGCCUGUAUGAUUUAAUCACUAUUGGCAAUACUAAUUGCAAAAGAAAAUAUAAAAUCAUGAUUUACGAAAUUCCAUGAAACGACUGGCCAGUGUAAACAGAACAUUCAAGAAAAGUCAUGCACGCAAAGUUCAUGACAAAAGUUUGGAACGUUCUAAAACUUAAGAUAGUGCAACAUCUAUGUAGUAUCUGUUGUUGAUCUUUUAUCAGCUUUUUAAUGGGCGUGUCUAUCCAUUGCGUUAAACCAGAACCACAACAAACACUAUUAACACCCGUUCCCGGGAGCGUUCUGAGCGCGCGCGCACACACACACACACACACACACACACACACACACACACACACACACACACACACACACACACACACACACACACACACACACACACACACUGAGAUAGGAAAUAUAUGACAUGUAUUAAUGCUAACUAGAGAGACACAAUCCAGAAUUUCAACAUUACAAUAAUAUAUGGUCUAACCGAAUGACAACCCGUUUCUGAGCUAGUCCUGUCAACCAAUGAAUUGAUCCCAUUCUGGAAAAUGAAUAGUUAUGUUUUAGAGGAGUAAAGAAUUACUUGAAUAAUUUCAAUCCAUUUAUUCAGUCAUAUAGUUUACCUUUGCAUUUGCAUCUGUGAUUGCGUCUUUAGUUCAGCGGAUACUUGCGUAAUAUAUAUAAUUAACAUUUUAUUGAUUCCUCACAGUAAUCUGUUUGAGAAAAUAAGGACUGCUUGCCUGCCAUCUGACUCUGUCUAAAAAUAACAGAGGGCAUUUAGUUGCUACCUGGUCACUCAGUGCAACUGGACUCUUCUGAAGGGCAUUGUACCACAUCAUGAAUGAUUGAAUACACCAAACAAUUGACAUAAGUCAAGGUGUGAUGCAACACUCUAAUUGGUUGGACUUGUGAAAUCGAAUAGCAGGUCCUGUUUGGAUAAAUUCCAGCGUGUUGUCCCAGUCCCAUCCGUGGCCGUGCGCAGUGAAUGGAGCAGUACUGUAUAGCGCGGCCGGUUACAGUGGCCCAGACCUGACUCACCAAUGUUCCACACAGAGAAGGGGUGUGUGGUUGGCAUCAUUCUUCCGCUAAUUAGUGUAAUACCAAAUUAGCUCCAAAUAUAAUUAUAUUGGUUUAGCUUAUCAUAAUAAAAGAGCCAAAUACAAACUAAUAAUGCAUAUUUUGGGCUGUCAUAAAACCAUAAUAACUGUUGUAUAAAAAAGAAUGACAGAUACAUUUAAGGUUUAAGGUUUAAUUGAAUAGUAGCCUAUACACAUUUGCAGUUAAAAGAUGAAUGCCAAGGCAUGAGUGUGGAAGAGAGGCCGCCAUACUGACCUGGAAGGAAAAUCUGCAAGUCCAACAUCUCAAGGGAAUCACUCUGACAGCUUGAUUUAAUAUAGAGACUAUGUUUUUUUUAAAAGAGACAAAUAAGGGGUCUGGGAGGAGAGAGUAGCAUGCAACAUUGUAUACUGAGGAAUAACAAUGAAAACUAAGGGUUCAAGUCAGGUUAAAUGAUGAGCAAUGGCAGUUACCACUGAUGUGAUCCAUGCAGAGAAAUGAGAACGGCUUAUUGACCCUUAAUCAACUAUGAAAAGGCUGGGAGGAGUUUACACAAAUAAUGUGUCCCCUUUACAAAGGAAUUUUCACUAUCACUAACUACAUCACACACAGUAGAUAAUAUUAUUGUUCCUGCUUACAAUGGGUUUGUCAAAAUACUGUACGUAUUUUUUGAAGGAUCCUCCUUUUUGUCUUUCGGUAUUUUCCAAUACACAUGUCCACAGCUAAAUGUUAUUUUGACUCCAUCUGUCAACAAAUAAAUUAUG